GCCCCCGGCCCCCCCACAGGCCGGCGGGCCCCCGCGCCGCCACCGCCCCCCGUCCGCGGCGAGGCGGGCCGGCGGGGCCGGGGGGCGGAGGGGGAGCGGCGGCGCACGGCGGCGAGGUGGCUCGGCAGCCCUGCCGGAGGAGCCCGGCCCACCUCUCCCGUGCUGGCACCCCCCUCCUCCCCGCCCCGAAAGAGGAACUCCCCGCCCGCGCGCAGCCCGGCCGCGGCGGAGGGAGAAGCCGCGGCGGCGGCAGCGGCAGCGCGCCCGGCCCCUCGGCACAGCAUGGCGCAGCAGCGCCCGCCGCCCGCCGCCGCCUGAGGCGCCCCGCGGCGCCGAGCCGAGCCCGCGCCCAUGGCGGCGCCGCCGCCCGCCCUCAGCUGGGCGCUGCCCCUGCUGGCGGCGCUGGCGGGCGCCGGCGGCCCCCAGAGCUUCGAGCUGCCGGGGGCCCCCAUCGACAACAUCGAGGUGAGCGGCGGCGGCGUGCUGGUGGCGGGCGGCAGCUGCCUCUACGAGCUGCGGCCCGAGCUGCGGCCCCGCCGCCGCGUGGUGCCGGCGGCGGCGGGGCAGGGCUGCGGGGAGCCCCCCGGCGUGCGCAGCAACCUGCUGCUGCCCUACGAGGAGGCCGGCGGGGAGGGCGUCCUGCUGGCCGGCUGGACCCAGAAGGACGGCACCUGCCAGGUGUGGGAGCAGCCGGCCUACCGGCAGCGCCUCAACCGCAGCGAGGUGGUCAGCUGCCUGCCCGACGGCUCCACCGCCGGCGUCGUCUUCCAGCUGGCUGGCGCCUGGUACCUGGCCGUGGCAGCCACCUACUCGGCCGGCCCCUAUGGGAACCAUCUGGGCUGCGAGCCUUCCCAGUCGGACGAGGCGACCGUCAUCACGGUCCGCAGCAUGGACAACCUGGAGUCCAAGGAGGAGCUGGGCAUCAUCAAGCGCAAGGAGGAGCCUUUGCACUUUGUUGAUGCGCUCCGGUGGGGGGAUCACCUCUUCUUUCCCUACUACAGGUUGAAGGCCAGGUUGGGUGAGGACUCGGAGCCACCGAGCAUGGCUGUCCUGCACCAGCUGCGCCCCUCAGACGGUGGCCUCGCUUUGCAAGGGCAUGUGUAUUUGGACUGUGGGUGCAGGAGCCUCAUUGUUUCCUCCAGCCUUGUCCGUCAGGGUGAGCAAGGCUGGUGGGUGGGUGUUUUCCGCCACAGCCGUGGCACCAAGGCCUGGAACGCCACUGCCGUCUGCAUCUUUGGGAUGGAGGAGAUGAAGAAGCAAGCCUGUGCAUCCACACACUUCGUCAUGAACGGGGAGAGCUGUGAGGCACGAUCAAUCAAGAAACUACCUACCUUGAUUCACUCUGGAUUAGUGGCUGUUUAUGGCACAGUUGUUUUGGAUCAGAUAGUUCUCUUUUUGGGAACAGAUGAUGGACAGUUACUGAAGGCUGUUCUUAAUGAGGAUAUGGAAUCUAAUUGCCCAGAGGUUUUAUAUGAAAUUAAGGAAGAAACCUCCAUUUUCCCCAAACUUCGACUUGAUCCAGUAGAUAAUAACUACAUCUAUCUGUCCUCUGCCAAUAAGGUGAGGAGAAUACCAGUUGCAAAUUGCAGUAGAUACAUUUCUGAGCAAGAAUGCUUAUCUGCGAAGGAUCCCUACUGUGGGUGGUGUUCUUUGAGUCGCAGGUGCACAUUAAAAGAAAAUUGUACACGUUCAAACAGCAUAAAGGGUUGGUAUAACAUUUCACAUGCACCUGAUAAAGAUCUGAAAAUCCUGCUAAGUCUCCCUGCCAAAAAUCAGGUUGCUGUGGCUGCAAGCAUAAGCAAAAUCCUUACUUCCUGUACAAUAAAAGUUGUAACACCUGUUGAAAUAUUUUAUGAAAACGUAGUGCUGAAAAAUUCAUCCUGCUUCUGCAAUCUAACCACUCCAGCGAUAUCUGAUCAUGAUUGUCUAGUUCUUGAAGCAUCGCUGUCCUCAAGCUCUUGGAAUAUCACACAAACAUUUCAGCUGAAAAACUGCUCACGAUGUAUACACAAGGGUGAGUGUGCCAGCUGUAAACAGACGCGUGUCUCUCCUGCCACCACCUGCCAGGAUAGUUGUAAUGCAGCUGCUUCCGAGGGGAUCGCCACUACGCAGAAAACAGAGCUUAUCAGCAUUCAUUCCAUUGAACCUCUGUGGAUUUCUACGUUAGGCAAAAGUGAAAUAACAGUCAAAGGAGAAAACUUUACACGUGCAUCGGGCAUAAAACUGAUACUGACUGGAAUCACAGGCUGUAAGCCAGACAUCAUUAAGGUUAGAAGUGUGCUAAAUGAUACACAAAUGACAUUUGCUCUCCCACCAACACGUAAAGAGGCCAAACGUAUAUGUAUACAGGCUAAUGGAGAAAAAUGCUCACCACCAAUGACCCUGCAUUAUGUUUCACUGCCAUCAUGUUUUGGAAUCACACCCAACACUUCCUGGAUUAGUGGUGGUCGCAAAAUUACUACGAUUGGUAGAAAUUUUAAUGUGGUGGACAGUGUGAUUAUUUCAGAUGACCAGAGAUCAAACCUCACCGUCUCUAGGUGUCCUGGAAAUGAAUCUGAAUAUCAUUACUUAACACCAAGCCUGGGCCAUGCAACGGAGGGUAAAGUUGUUGAUAUGAUGUUAAAAGUGGAAACUACCUUUAUACCAUGCGUCAAAUUACACUAUCACCCUGACCCAGUGUUCAUUAACUACCAGCUGCACACUGAGCUGGAUCCUGAUCUGGAAUUAAAAAUAUAUAAAGAAAAUGACAACUUGAAUAUUUCUAAAACUGAGGUAGAAGUUUAUCUGUCAUAUAUGAAUGGUGCACAGACCAAAAAGAUAUGGUUCAGUGUCCAAAAUAUUACCAAAAAGCCAGACCGUAGCACUAUACUGUGCAAAUUCAAAAGGGAAGGAACAGACAAGAUUGACUUUUCCACGGUGAAAGUUUUUGUCAAAUUAGGAAAUUUUGAGCAUGAAGUCAAACCAACAUCAUCACACAUAUAUUUAUAUGUUCUUAUUUUGCUACCUAUUGUAGUGGGUGUCAUUAUAGCGGCAUUCAUAGUUACUAGAUACAAAUCCAAAGAGUUAACUCGUAAACAGAGUCAGCAACUUGAACUGCUGGAAUAUGAGAUUCGGAAGGAAAUACGUGAGGGAUUUGCUGAGCUGCAGAUGGAUGAAUUAGAUGUGGUGGAUAGUUUUGGAACUGUUCCCUUCCUUGACUACAAACACUUUGCUCUUAGAACUUUCUUUCCAGAGUCAGGAGGCUUUGCAUCCAUCUUCAGUGAAGACAUGCCACAGAGCAGAGACCAAACAAGCAAGGACGAAAGCUUCAACAUGUUGCAUGCUUUAAUUUGUAACAAGAACUUUCUUGUUACUCUCAUUCACACCCUUGAAAAGCAGAAAAAUUUCUCUGUGAAAGACAGGUGCUUGUUUGCAUCCUUCUUGACUAUUGCACUACAAACUAAGCUAGUUUAUUUAACCCAUAUUUUGGAAGUGUUGACAAAGGACUUGAUGGAGCAGUCAAGCAAUGUACAGCCUAAGCUCCUGCUCAGGCGAACAGAAUCUGUGGUAGAAAAACUGCUGACAAACUGGAUGUCUGUCUGCCUUUCUGGAUUUCUUCGGGAGACGAUUGGUGAACCUUUCUAUUUGCUAGUGACAACCCUCAAUCAGAGGAUAAACAAAGGCCCUGUUGACGCGAUAACUUGCAAAGCCCUGUACACGCUUAACGAAGACUGGCUGCUGUGGCAAGUGUCUGAGUUCAAAACAGUGACAGUGAACGUUAUCUUUGAAAAAAUCCCAGAAAAUGAGAGUGGAGAUGCCUGUCAAACUAUCCAAGUUAAUGUUCUGGACUGCGACACCAUAGGCCAAGCCAAGGAGAAGAGCCUUCAGGCUUUCCUUAAUAAGAAUGGCUUUCUCUAUGGUCUUCAGCUGGAUGAAAUUGGUCUUGAACUUGUGUCUGAAGAGCAGCAAAGAGAACUGUUAGAUAUUGAUGGUUCCUCAGAGGUGAUGGAGGAUGGGAUAAGGAAGCUAAAUACCAUUGGUCAUUAUGAGAUUUCAAAUGGAGCCACCGUAAAAGUCUUUAAAAAGAAGGCAAACACCCGAUCAGAUGUGGACUACUCGGAUGAACACUGUCAUUUGAUUUUACCAGACUCUGAAGCAAACAAGGAUGUGAAAGGAGGAGGUCACAAAGGAAAGCAAAAAUUCAAAGUGAAAGAAAUGUACCUGACAAAGCUUCUGUCAACUAAGGUUGCAAUUCAUUCAGUUGUUGAAAAGCUCUUCAGGAGCAUUUGGAGUUUACCCAACAAUAAAGCACCUGUUGCCAUCAAGUACUUUUUUGACUUUCUGGACGCCCAGGCUGAGAGCAAAAAAAUUACUGACCCUGACGUGGUUCACAUAUGGAAAACCAACAGUCUUCCUCUUCGCUUCUGGGUGAACAUACUGAAGAAUCCCCAGUUUGUCUUUGAUAUUAAGAAGACUUCGCAUAUAGAUGGCUGUUUGUCUGUAAUCGCACAAGCUUUCAUGGAUGCCUUUUCUCUAGCAGAACAGACUCUGGGGAAGGAAGCACCAACAAAUAAACUUCUCUACGCUAAGGACAUUCCACUCUACAAGAAGGAGGUGAAAGCAUACUAUAAAGCCAUCAGGGAUCUGCCUCCGCUGACCACUUCAGAGGUUGAAGAAUUUCUAACUCAGGAAUCUAAGAAACAUGAAAAUGAAUUUAAUGAGAAAGUGGCCUUGAUUGAAAUCUACAGAUACGUAGUGAAAUACUAUGAUGAGAUUGUCAGCAAACUCGAGCGAGAACGGGGGUUUGAAGAAGUCCAGAAACAGCUCCAGCAAGUAAAAGCCUUAUUUGAUGAAAAGAAAAAAUGCAAAUGGCUUUGAGCAGAGCACUGGCUCACAGCAUCACUGUGGGGGAUUUUAAAAAAGUGCUACUGCUCCCAGAACUGUUUUGACUGACUGUAUUUACAGGGUUUGAAACAUUUGGACACUUCUCCACUCUGACCAUUCCAAUUUAUGUCUGCGUUUGGGACUGAAGUACGGGCAGGGUUACAUAUUCAAACAUGGGCAUGUGAAUGCGAAAGCGAGUCUAGCGUUGGCAGGACCAGCAUUUUUAGGUACUUGAACACACAUACCUUUUGGUUUAAAAAUACAGCCUAAGUAAGCUUUCUGCUUACUUAAAACCAAGCUCAUAGGAGAUGUGCAAAACACACUGCAAGUUCAGAGCUGCCUGUGUGAACUUGUAAGUUGCCUGCCUCUUUUUUUUUUUUAAGAGAGAAAGCUGAUGUUUUGCCACAUACUUCCAAACUGUAAGGAUGAGCUCCGGCUUCAGAAUACGGGUCAGCUGCAGUUUCCUUCCUUCCAGACAAAUGUACACUGGUUCCUGUUUGGAGAAAAAAGAAAAAAACCCAACAAAACAACAGCACCAAAGCAACACUUAGGACAAGUGUGUUUGUUUAGCAGAAAAAGUGGGUUUGAGGUUUGAAGGCAGAUGCCGCAUGGCAGGACGUACUUACCUUUCUUAGGUUAGAAAUUCCACAUGCAAAGCAAAGCCAGCCACUGAGCAAGGGAGAGGCUUUUGGGGAAAGGCACUAGACGGGCAUCAGUCUGUGUUUACAUUGCUACCGUUCCAUCCUUAAAUAAGCUGUGAAACACCCGUGAGCAGCUUCACAGGUGAAAUCUCCGUGCAGCUGCAGUGUGUGGGGACACCCUGAUUUGAUGAAGCAGUCGACGAUGGCUGCACUUCGGUGCACAAACCUGUCCUCAGGUGCGUGGUCAGCCCAUGGGUCAGUGCUGGCAGUCCUGGCAGGUCUUGCCAUCUGUAUACAAGGGCCUCCCAACUCUGAAGCCAGCAUAUUUUUUUUCAGGUUGAUCUGCGCAAAGACUUUGUCAAAAGAGGGUUAGGUUAAUAAUACGUAGGAACAGCAGGGCCGGUGUAAUCUCCGACUGUCUGAGAAACUGAUGCAAACGUGACAGCUAGGGCCGGAUGGGGAGGGGGUAGCUGCCUGCCGUGGUCCUGCUGGGGGCGUGGGUUUGCGAGGCGUGGGCAUUUCAAAAGGAGGGUGGCCAUUACAGUUGCUGCGGUGGCUAAAGUCAGCCCCGCUGGAGGGCGGGUGUGUGGCCAUGCUGCUGAGAUGGGGCUGCAGCGGGGCUGCCGUGCGAGGCCGUGGAGCGGCAGCCGUGGCUCUAGCUCUAGCACCCACUGCAAAGCCCAAGUGUUGUGUUGCUGUGGAGUCUGCUCCGGUCGCGCAGAGGCACCUGGGCAGGCCUCCACCCGUCCCUGGAUGGAGGGAAGGCGCCGAUGAGACAGACGUUUCCACGUGUUUCCGGAGGGGUCCACCCCUGGAGGUGAGUGGCGUAGCGCGGUGGCCCACGGGAGCGGGAAGAGCUGUCGCUGCCUUGGCAGGGGCGAGUGCGCCAUGGGCUGCGAACAGUGCAGAUGGCCCAAGUUCAGUACAGAAAGCCUGUGCUGGGCUGUGACCAGCCGGGGACACCUACGUGUGGGGCUCCCGAGCAGCGGAGCGAACCAGUCAUUUAUUGUCACAUGCUGCUGCUUUGGAGGAGCCCAAAGGCUGCAGCACAACGGCUCUAAAGCCGGCUGCUUCAGUGGCAGAGGCCACCAGCAGCUGGUACCAGGCUCAACUCCGGAGCACGUUGCUGACCAUGCUUUGGCAGAAGCAAGGCCGGCUGUUAACGUGGAUGAAAGCAAACACAAAAACACGUUGCCUACUGGUCUGCCCCCUCCCUACCCUGCGAUUGCACAAGUUGUACCUCUUGCGUAUCAGAGAGGGCAGCCACCAACCCAUACUGUGAUGGCUUGCUUUUUUUUUUUUUUUUUUUUUUUUAAAUUUAAGGCUUACACUCGCUAUUAAGUUUACACUUUAUACUUGAUGGAAUGUAUGGCUUUGUUCAGGAAACUGCACUACAGUGUUGCAGUACUUUCAGCAGUUCUCUUCUCUGCCUGGCACAAUAUAUUUUGAUAAGUUUAAUUUUAAUUGGAGAAAAAGUCCCACCCCAACCCUAACCUAUCUUGCCCUCUGUCCUGAAGAAGUGGACCAUGGCUUGAGUAGCACUUAAGCUUAGCAUACACGUACCUUAAGGGCUCAGUUUUUAUCCUUCCUAACCCAACGUUUUGAAGCAGCAUCAAAUAAAUAAAAAAAGCACAGUAAUUAAAGGAGGGGCAUGAGCAGAUUUUCCAGCUAGACAGCUGUCUCAGCAGUUCUGUUCCAUUCCAGGUGUUUGCUGGCAGUGCAUUUGAAUUAACUGUGAUAGUUUUGUUCAACAGUAACUUUCUGUACAGGCAGAAAAAAACAAAACCACCAACAUUUCUGCUUGAAAAGCUGUAAAAUAUAAUCUGUUUGCGUGGGUCUGAUCCUGUGAACUUCACUAUAUGUGUUUAUAUGAUGGGGAAACAAAAAUCAGUCCUAUUCUGUAUUUGUACUACUGCUUGUUUGCUACAAUAGCUUUAAUUAUUUCUAGAGAUUAAGUAUGUGUUGAAGCAGGCCCCGUAGCUUUAGCCUACAGCCUGGAAUAGGAUUAUUGCCUUUUAUUCAAGCCUCCUAAACAGCGUCACUCUGUUAGUAAACCAUUUAAAGUCAUGCCGAGACUUCGUAACCCAUCAAGUGGAUCUCACAAAGUGAUGUGAAGUAUAAUUAAGUGAUUGUGGCUCUUUUGGUAGGUUUGAGUCAGCACACAAAACAUUGGCACAUCUUCUACAUCUGCAAUGCACUGUUUACACGGACCAAAAAAACAACCUCUGACUAAAGCUGUAUUAAUUAUGGCAACCCAACAAUUCUAAUCGCAUCCUCUGAACUGAAAGCAAACUUCUCUUUAACUUAUUUUCAUAUGUUUACAGGCAAACUGCUAUGGCAAACAGCAUAUUUUCUAACACUAGCUUACAGAGCAUUAUUUUGCAGUCAUCUAGUUUGAAGUCAAAUCUUACUAAUGUGUAAAGUAAUUCCUGUUGUACAGAAGUUAAUCUGUUGUUUAAAAUGAAUGGUUUAAAAAAAGUGCAAAUGACAAAUGUUGGUGUUUGUAUGGGUUUAUCUAGAAUAAAAUGCAUUUGGAGGUUA